UAACGCACAAUUAAUGAAAUCCUUAGAGAAACUCUAGAUAGACGGUUACAAUAGUUUUCUUUUCAAUUAUCGGUUGCAUUAACAGGUGUUCACUCCAAGGUUUAAUUAAGUCGUUACAAUAUGGAUUUAUGGAAUCGAGUAAAGUUUGUGUCGAAGGCACUUCUUCGCUCAAAAUUACUUCUUGUUGCAUUUUUAAUAGUUAUGAACCUUGGCCUACUGUUCGUACUACAUGUAUACCCGGCCUCUUCUUUGAUAAAUUCAGCAGCCUAUGAGCUAGGAUUAAGCAAGCAUGGUCCUUUCCACAACCAAGUUAGUGAUGAUCCAAGUCGAUACACAUAUAUGGGACUUUUGACACUUCCUACUUCUGAUGAUGAUGUGUACUUCAACGCGACUAGAUUGCUGGUCUACCGGCUAAUUCAUCAUCCUGAAACAAAAAGCCAAUAUCCAGUUCAUAUACUUGUUAUGAAAGGAGUGGAUGAAUGGAAAAUUGAUCGCCUACGCAAAGAUGGUGCAAAUAUCAUUAUGGUGGAUCGAGUGCGAACAGAAGAUUUGGUAGAUGAAGGUCAAUCCAUUACUCCAGGUAGUAACCGGUAUGAGUAUAUGUUUACAAAACUGAGUGUUUUCGAACAGACUCAGUUCGAUAAGGUUUGCAUUUUAGACAGUGAUUUGCUUAUCCGAAAAAACAUUGACGAUAUUUUCCAAACACCAUACAGAUAUACAUCUCCAGAAGCACUGGAUACUAAUCGGCUUCCUUUGUUUCAAAAGCCCGAUGAUGAUGACGAUGAAGACUAUCAAUUUAUUGAUAAUUUCGAAUUGUACGGAAGCUCGAAGGAAGAGUUUUAUCCUUACUUGAUUGCUGCUUCAGAUGACCGUAACCCUGGUCAUCCUACUCCUCCCGAACCAUCAGACACAUUCAACGCGGGUCUGAUGCUUGUUCAUCCCAGCAAACUUCAUCUUCAUCGUAUAAAGAUGAUAGCUCGGUAUCCCUACAUGUAUGAAUAUGCUAGAAUGAUGGAGCAAAGUUUAUUGAAUUUAGCUUAUAAUGCAUAUGGAUGGUUCCCUUGGACAAGGAUUGACUUUUCCUAUAAUGGGGUUUGGAUUACAGAUGAAGAUCUGCCUUAUAUUCGCGCGGCUCAUGGGAAGUUUUGGGAGCACGACAAUCAAUUGUUUCCUUCUGUGUUGGCUGCAGAAUGGAGUCAAGCAUUUGGUGAAAUGACUGCCUUUUAUAAUUACGAGAGCGAGAACUAACUAUCUGAUACGAAGUUGUUCAUGGAAAAAUAUUAUUAAAUUUUUUUAAUAUCUUUUAUUUCUUUAUUAUGUCGACUCAAAUUUUUCGAUUCUCCGAUGCUGUUUUAACAUUUUUUCUCAUCUCAUUAAUGGCUUGGCUAUGUUUGCAUAUUUUAAUUAGCUAUUUAGAAAUUCUGUAGUGAAUAUUUUUACUAUAAUCAGAAUACUAUAUUUAUUUUUUUUUACUUUUUUUUUUUUACUUAUAGUGCUGGAAAGGUUAACUGAAUUUUUAUAGUUAUAGAUCCCGAU